CGGGGCAGCAGUUCAUUCGCAUGGAGAAGCAAUGUUUGAGUUUAUAAUUGAACCUUUAACUGGCUCUAGUGGUCUGGUAUGGACACUUCUGGUUCUUGUUGUGGUAUAUUAUCUGUGGGACAGGCACCAGAGACUGAAAUCCCUACCCCCGGGGCCGACACCUCUCCCACUUUUGGGGAACCUACUCGACCUAGCAUCCAAUGACCAGCUAGAAACAUUUCGUAAACUGCGUGGGAAGUAUGGAGACCUGGUCACUCUCCACGUGGGGUCCUUCACAAUGGUGGUGGUCAGUGGUUACGACACACUCCGGGAACUCUUCGUCAAGCGUGGUGACGUCACGUCCGACCGGCCAGACAUAUAUACAUUCAAGGAAAUAACACGUCGUCAUGGAAUAACCAGCAGAUCAGGGCCAGAAUGGAAGAUACACAGAACGUUUGCUAUGGGAGGACUGAGGGAUUUUGGCUUCGGAAAGAAAAGCUUAGAAGGAAAAAUAAUGGAAGAAGUGGAAGUGUUUCUGAAUGUUCUUGACGAGAAGCAAGGGCAAGCCUUCAAUCCCGAUUAUUGUAUCCAGACCAGUGUUGCCAACGUUAUAUGUGCCAUUGUAUUCGGCAAGAGGUUCGAGCAUGGCGAUCCCAGAUUUAUACAGUUGAUAUCUAUAAUAAACGAGAAUUUGGCUCUUUCUGGUAUUGCCGGACUUCUCAACCUUAUCCCUAGUGUUCGGCAUAUACCAGGGGACCCGUUUCAGUGUGGCAAAGUACUUUCUAAUGCAGCAAAGAUCUAUGGAUAUUUUGGUAGGCUCAUUGACAUUCAUCGCGUGGAUUACCGCGAGGACGACAUUAGUGAUUUGGUCCACGUUUAUCUCAAAGAAAUGAAGAAAAGAGAAGGACAAGACACUUCAUUCACAGAUUUACAGUUAGUCAACACUGUAGCCGAUGUAUUCGUUGCUGGAAUGGAGACCACAGGCACCACCCUUCUGUGGGCGAUAUUGUUCUUCAUCAACAACCCGGAUGUACAGGAACGUUGUCACGAGGAGGUUACGAGGGUGGUAGGAGAGGGUCGCUUCCCCUCCCUGUCAGACCGACCACAAAUGCCAUACAUCGAGGCCACCAUAACAGAGAUCCUCAGACGCGGGGAUAUAGCUCCACUCGGAAUGCCUCAUGCUACAAGUAAGGAUGUAGAGUACAAUGGAUACAUCCUCCCGAAAGGAACAAUGUUAGUUACAAACAUCAACUCUGUCCACACCGAUCCUGCAACAUUUCAAGAGCCAAGUAAAUUUGACCCAACAAGAUUUCUCGACAAGGAUGGCAAAGUCUACGGAACGGAUCGUGUGAUAUCUUUCUUCUUCGGUCGCCGUGUGUGUAUGGGUGAAGCCCUCGCCAGGUCAGAACUGUUUCUCUUCCUCACCUCCAUGGUUCAACGAGUCCGGUUUAAACCGGCGGAUGCAGAAAAUAUGCCACCUAUAAAAGGCACUGUAGGGAUAACAUUCAAGCCGUGUACCUUUGACUGUGUUGUAGAGAAGAGACUUUAGAAAAGAUAAAUAUAACGCCAAUUAAUGUUUAUUUAAUAAUGACUCGCUAGUUUACGCACCAGAAAAAUAGAAACGGGUACCUAUCACGCCAGCUUAUCAACAGUAUAUAACUUUGUCACGACACUCAUACCACGAUACUAUAGUGUGGACGUCAGUUUCACUACUAUACUAUAUGGUGUGGGCGUCUGUUUCAUCACGAUACUAUAUGGUGUGGACGUCAAUUCCAUCACGAUACUAUAUGGUGUGGACGUCAGUUUCACCACGAUACUAUAUGGUGUGGACGUCAGUUUCACCACGACACUAUAUGGUGUGGGCGUCUGUUUCACUACUAUACUAUAUGGUGUGGGCGUCUGUUCUAUCAAGAUACUAUAUGGUGUGGGCGUCAGUUCCACCACGAUACUAUAUGGUGUGGGCGUCAGUUCCACCACGAUACUAUAUGGUGUGGGCGUCAGUUCCACCACGAUACUAUAUGGUGUGGGCGUCAGUUCCACCACGAUACUAUAUGGUGUGGGCGUCUGUUCCAUCACGAUAUUAUAUGGUGUGGGCGUCAGUUCCACCGCAAUACUAACUGGUGUGGACGUAAGUUUACCACGAAACUAUAUGAUAUGGACGUAAGUUUAUCAUGUGUGCACGUCAUGGAGUUAUGGUUCCUGUGUUUGACUUCCGUCAGGCUUUCCGGAUGUAAAUAUGAUUGUAUAACUCGAAUAUUUGUCAAUAAAUGUUAUGAAGUAUCUUCGUAAUACGA